GCAAAACAUGUUCGCAGCUCGUACUUUACAGCAGGGAAUACGACGACAAACAGGCUUGAGGCGUCGUGGCGCCAGAUGAAGAGGCUCCUCAACCUGACGACGACGCUGGACAAGUGUCUUGCAGGGAUUUUUCUGUACCAGAACACAAUAAUGCGUAAUCUACGCCUGAUCGAGCAGGACGAGACGCAUGCCGUCGUUCUGAACCGAAGUGGAACGCGAUUUCGUUGUCGACUGGAUGCUAGUCACUGCAAUUGUCAAUACUUUGCAACGUUUCGACUGCCUUGUGCACACGUGAUGUUCAUCGUGUUGGAGGAGUUGGGUAUCGAACGCUUGCCAGCAUCUAUGGUUGCUGAACGUUGG